ACAUUCGGUGAGGUGCAGUACUGGUGACGGCAUCGCUGAAGUUUGGUUGUUCACGGAUGAUGCUGGCAUGAACUGAAUACAGAGAACAGGAACAUCAGACGAACAUCAGCCAAUCAGAUCCUUCGUGUAAGGUGGCAUCAAACUCACUGUCCAAUCGCAGAGCAGAAUUGUUGCCAUUCGAAGCGAAGACGGGGAAGCGCAUCACCACCACCACCAGUUACGCGCGUCUCAGUGGCUACGCAUUUGGAUAUCGCUGCUUGAAAACUGCGUUGUUUUAUUUCGUUUGCACACCUGCACUGACUUUAAACCCAUCCACAGCAACAGUUUGGAAUCGCCCGUGAUCAUCAUGCCUGAUGUUAAAGCUCCAUUACUGCACUCGGAUCCAGAGACGGUGGAGGACGUGUUUGAUCAUACAUAUAAAGAGAAAGAAGGCCCUAAACCACCCGUCGUCAUCGUGUGGAGAAAUGUCAUUCUCAUGACUUUAUUGCAUAUUGGAGCUUUGUAUGGAAUCUCCCUGAUACCAGUUGCAUCCAAACUAACAUUGAUUUGGACGGUUGUCUGUUCCGUGUUCAGUGCUUUGGGCGUCACCGCGGGCGCUCACAGGUUAUGGAGUCACAGAUCAUACAAAGCGUCUUUACCUCUGCGAAUCUUUCUCGCUAUCGGCAACACUAUGGCCUUCCAGAAUGACAUAUUCGAAUGGGCACGUGAUCAUCGCGUUCACCACAAAUACUCGGAGACGGACGCUGACCCUCACAACGCCGUGAGAGGUUUUUUCUUCUCUCACAUUGGCUGGCUGCUGGUUCGUAAACAUCCUGAUGUCAUCGAGAAGGGACGCAAGCUGGAGCUCAAUGACCUGAGGGCUGAUAAAGUCGUCAUGUUUCAGAGGAGGUACUACAAGCUGUUGGUGCCGUUUGUGUGUUUCUUCGUCCCGAUGUUUGUGCCAUGGUAUAUGUGGGGAGAGUCACUGUGGGUGGCAUAUUUCGUACCUGCCGUCCUCAGGUACACGUGGGUGCUAAACGCCACCUGGCUGGUGAACAGCGCUGCACACAUGUGGGGAAACCGACCAUAUGACAGCAACAUUAACCCCAGGGAGAACAAAUUCGUCACCUUCAGUGCAAUAGGUGAGGGCUAUCAUAAUUACCACCACACGUUUCCGUACGACUACGCCUCCAGUGAGUUCGGCUGGAGACUCAACCUGACCACCUGCUUCAUCGACUUCAUGUGUUUUCUGGGUCUGGCCAGAGACCGCAAGCAUGUGUCCAAAGAGCUGGUGCUCGCUCGUGCUCAGCGCACCGGAGACGGCAGUCACAGAAGUGGCUAAGCACUCGCGUCACGUCCCGAAAAACUGACAACAUGUAAACCGGAGGACGAUCAGCCCUUCCUUUGACGGGAGUUUCAACAGCGUUGAAGCUUCUGCUCUACAUUCAUACUCUGAUGUCAGACGACAAACGUUUUUCCCCCAGUUUAGCCCGUGACGCUUUCAUACAGGCAUUCGGCCUGUUUGUGUAGCACUUAUUCUUAUUUUGUUUUUGGCUUCUUCUCUACUGUAAUUUUUGAUAGUUUUUGACGCCCGCGUGCAGCUGAUGCGCCUCAAUGCAGGAGCUGAACACAGCGCCUAGAAACAGGCCAAUGACCCUGUGACCCUCCAGGGCCUUUUUGUGUGCACACCGGGCGACGUCUUACCAGAUUUAGCUGUGCAAUUUGGGAGAAAUAAAAUAGAUUUAACAUUUAACUGCCGCACCUUAUUGUCGUUAUACUAAAUUAAAGUUAAGCCAGAUGCGUCAUAUUAUCGUCAUGCAUCCUGGGUGGCAUCUUACCAAAUCUAGUUGUGCAUUUUGGAGGAUAUUAAACCAAAACACAAAUAUGUUCCAUGCUUAACAGUUGCACCUUACUGUAUCUGUACUAAAUUGAAUUGUAAGACCAGAUACGGUCUUAUUUCUUUGAUGUUGCCGAAGUGGCCAAACUAUUAUUUUUAAUUUUUUUUUUGAUAUACUUGCACAAUUGGCUCAUUCUUCAGAGCUUUGGAGAAAUAUUUGAGUUAAAGAAAUUAAGAAAUGAUUGUUCUUGAGCAGCACAUACUUUUUUGGGGGGUUUUGAUACUUGCAGUGCUAAAAUAGACGACAGACGGGCGUGAAAAUGCUCCGUAAAUUUCUGUGCUACUGACGGAAAUUGGGAUUAAUAUAUUGACGUUUAGUAUAUUGAGAGAAGUGUUAAAAACGAUUCAUUUAUUAACCAUAAUUAAAUUUUCUGAUAACACGAAGACUACAGAGAAUUCUGAAAGAUGUCUCAUUAUUUUGAGUGGGAGAGGUCACGAAAGAAUUGAACGUGUUGAUUCUUGACAAUUCAGUACUUUAAAAUUAAUCGGUUGCUUUUGUAUUGUAAUGAAUUGUGCAAAAAAAAAAAAAAAAAAUGUUUUUUUUUUUUUUGGAGUCUAGAUUUGUUCCUCUUUUUCAUCUAAUAAAUAUGUCUGGACUUCAGCGUUAUUGUAAGCAUGCUCUAUUAAAACAAAACUCUCCUUUCUGAUGCCAAUAAUAAAGACGAACUGACGGGCAGUAAUGAUCGUAAAAAUAUCGGCUCUGCUGGUAUUAUUGUCACGGUGAAAUUUGUUUUGAUGCCAAAAACGAUUGUGUCGCAUGCAAGCCGAAUGGUGUGCACUCUUGAGGAUGUUUAUUCAAACCAUGCAUUUUCAGAGAAAUUGAUUUUUUUUUGCCAAUCCACUUGACAAGUUGUGUGUUAUUAAGUUGUUUGGUAAUUAAAAACUAUUUGGAUUGUUAUUCUACAAAACAAGAAUUUGUAUUUUGAGUGUAUGAGUUCAGACACCCCAGGACAAAUACACUUCUAUUCGCCUUAUUUUCACUCUUGACACUGAUUCAGAAGCGCCAGGAAGCGGUUGUGAUAUUUUUUCAUGCUGUAGGAGGCCGUUUAAUGAAUCGGGGCCUUCAGUUCGUAAAACUAAUGUGAUGUUAAUGUCCGUGAUAACAGCCUGUCAUAGUGAAUAAACUCUUGUUUCAUAUUCGAUAACUGUAAAUAAAGUCUCAAGCAAGGAGCUUUUAAACUUU